UUUGGCCUUGCUUCCCCGGAUUAGAUCCAGCGUAUGCAUCUUUGGCCAGAAAAGUAUACAAGAGGCUCUCUAAGAAGACCAGCAGAAGUCUGUGAGACAAGAGUGGUAGGCCCUGCUGGGGCCCUUAUCCACUCUGAAGAUGGCCAGGGUGCUGCUUAUAUCCUUGGCCAGCUGCCUCCUCAUUGUAAAUCAGGCCUCCAGCAUCAGACGCUGUGAUUUGGCCAGGGUUCUGCAUGAGGAGCAUUUGGAUGGGUUUGAGGGCUACUCCCUUAGUGACUGGUUGUGCCUGGCCUUUGUGGAAAGCAACUUCAGCAUAUCAAAGGUUAAUGAAACUGCAGAUGGAAGCUUUGACUACGGCAUCUUCCAGAUCAACAGUCACUAUUGGUGCAACGAUUACCAGAGUCACUCUGAAAACUUUUGCCAUGUGGACUGUGAAGAUAUACUGAACCCCAACCUUCUCUCAGCCAUCAGCUGUGCAAAGAUGAUUGUAUCCGGAUCAGGGGGGAUGAAGAACUGGAUAGAAUGGAGGUUGCACUGUGCAGGCCAGCCACUCUCCUACUGGAAGACCAGGUGCCGUCUGGGAUGAAGCAGGUUACAGGGCUGCUGGAACUCAUUCCAGGGCCCCUGUCCUCAUCUGGGGAUUCUACUUCCUUUUGCUCCCACUUGGUAUUAUUUUCUGCCUUCUCCACAAGUAGAACAGACAAGAGCCCAAGGAUAAAUGCCUUUCUUAGGCUUUCUCCAUGUCCCCAUCCAAGACCCAUGUUCUUGUUCCUGUCAAUUCCAAACCUACAGAACCACAAUAAUUAUCUAUUAUUUUUAUUUAUUAAAACACUUCCUGGG